AUGCCGAGAAUCAAGCUGUCAAUUGCAGAUGUUCAAGUUCGAGUCAUGGCCAUCGAAGAGAUUUGUGCAAAACUGGACUUGGUUGAUGUGCGAGCUGAGAGAUAUCAACACCUAAGAGGACUUGCAUUUGCAGAAUCAUAUCCGCUCGAUGGAGAAAUUGAUGUCUUGAUUGGAGCCGACUCUUAUUACCUACUGGUAGAUGGAACUGUUAGUAAGGGACCCCCAGGAACACCUACUGCAGUUAAAACCAGCCUUGAAUGGGUACUUUGUGGUCCCGCUGGUUCUCAGGAGAAAGCGCCAUUUACUACGUCCAUGUUUGUGGCCACCAAAACGGAGAAUGUUGCAUUCGAGCUUCAACGGUUUUGGGAGUUGGAAUCUACUGGUAGUGUGAUUGACCAAUGCGCGAAAAUGUCUGUUGAAGAUAGGGAUGCCAUAAAGACAUUUGAAGACUACCUGUCUUUUGUUCGGGAACGUUAUACGGUUGGGAUACCGUGGAAAGAGAAUUGUCCGCAAUUGAAGGAUAAUUACAGCCAGGCGCUGCGGAGAUUGGAGUCAGUCGAAAGGAGAUUGAAACUUGGCAAUCAAAGCAGUUUGAAGUACAAGGAAGCGAUAGAGCAGUAUGAAAUCAUGGGUUUUUCGGAAAAGGUCAAGAGUGACCUUGAUCAGGCCAAGACUGUCUGCUACCUUCCUCUUCAUGCAGUAGUAAAAGAGGAUAAAAGUACAACCAAGACAAUAAUCGUAUUCGAUGCAUCGGCACGUGAUAAGCAUGGCGUGUCAUUGAAUGAUUGCCUACACCAAGGUCCCGCCUAA